AUGCUUUUGAUCCAUCAAGCUGGAAGCGUCCAAGUGGGUGAGGUUGUUAGGUACACCAUCACAUAUACACCAUCAGCUGAAAAGAUUCGCCCCGUCCCGGAAAAACUAUACGUCAAAGUAAAAAAUACGUCUGCAAUCCCCCUGCGAGCGGCUUAUCUUCAUGGUCCCUACACCUUGUACACGUCUUGCUAUCCCUCUACGUUUGACCCCAACGUUAAAUUCCCCCAGCGAGAUACCGAGGAAACACCACAGUUCGAACCUUAUCUCAAAGCAGGAGGGAACUGGGAUGCGGUCAUUAAUGUUUCGCAGAGCACUACCCCAGGAAAUACUCGAGCCGGAUCCAAAUCAUCCGAGUCCGUGACAUGGGUUGUGGAGAUAAUCUCCCAGGUGAUUUUCUCAAACACCGCGUCUGUCGGCUUUGAACUUUUAGUGGGCCGCGACAAAAAGUCCACAGAGCUCUCUGCAGGGGGGAUAACAACGGACGGAGGUCGGGCAGCUCAACUACGCGACCAUUGGUCAACCGAAUCGAAAGGCAAGCAGGUUCUUGCUUCCAGGGGCGUUUAUUCAAGCUCUAUUACCUUACUUGUCGAUGACGCUGCUAGCCUCUGGAAUUAUCCCCCCUUCCCAGGCUUAUCAGACGAACAUAAAGCAGGAAAGGAGAAGAGGCCAAGCCCGGAUUUUCCAACAUCGCAUGCUGAGUCGUCGUCGAGUCUCGAUAGCCCUGCUAGCUCGGCCCAGUGCGACCAACGCAGAAAGAAAGUCCAUCUUGUCAUAUUAACGCAUGGGUUACAUAGCAACCUUGGUGCAGAUAUGCUCUAUCUCAAAGAAAGCAUCGAUGCCGUUGCAAGAAAUACGAGAGGCUCUAAAGACCGUCACCCAAAGAAUAGAAAUAAGAGUGACAAGAACGAACGCGCUAGCCCUUGCUUCCAUGCCAGCUCCAAGACAGCGAGCCGCACCGGAGAUAACGAGGAGCAGGAGCAGGAGCGACAAGACCACCAGGAGAAUGAGGAGGAGGAGGAGGCGGAGGAAGGGGAGGAAGAAGGGGACGACAACGACGUCGAGCAGGUCAUAGUUAGGGGGUUUCCUGGAAAUGCUGUCCGUACUGAACGCGGGAUUCAGUACCUGGGGAAACGCCUCGCAAAAUAUGUUCUUUUGAUGACUUAUCCUGACCAGCCACAUCUACCAGGCAGGUCUGCCAGCACAAAUUCUUUCCCCAAAUCCCGUUCUACUGGGAAGGGUACAGCGGGAGAACCUUCUAUAGACGGUGCAUGCUCUGACCACCCCGCGGGGCUCCCUGACGCCAAAAGCCACGCUUACAAAAUAACAAGCAUCAGUUUCAUUGGACACUCGCUCGGCGGUCUCAUUCAAACAUAUGCUAUUGCGUAUAUUCAAAAACACUAUCCCGGCUUCUUUGAUUCUAUCAAACCCGUCAAUUUUGUCGCUCUGGCAACCCCAUUUCUGGGUCUCAGCAAUGAGAAUCCGAUGUACGUCAGGUUUGCCUUAGACUUGGGCCUUGUUGGCCGGACAGGUCAAGACCUAGGGCUUAGUUGGACAGCGCCGCGAGUAAGAAGUGGCUGGGAAGCCAUGAUUGGCGGCAAAGGAGACUCCACGAAGCCGCACCAACACGCAAACGCUGGUUCGAAGCCUUUACUCAGGAUCCUACCCUGUGGUCCGGCUCAUGAAAUUUUAUCCAAGUUUCAGAAUCGCACGGUCUAUUCCAACGUCGUCAAUGAUGGGAUCGUCCCUCUACGCACUUCUUGUUUACUAUUCCUCGAUUGGAAGGGAUUAGACCGAGUGGAGAAAGCUAGACGAGGAAAUGGCAUUGUUGGAACAAUGGCUGAAUGGGGAUGGGCUGAGCUAACCGGUGCCAAUUCCAAAUCCCCACGAAGCACUCGCUCUAUUGCAGAUUUCAGACAAAAGGACCCCCCACAUAAAGGCGAAAAACCAGCAAUGCCUGUCGAUAUGCACAGCACAACAAAGCAUGGUGCCUCGGGUACUUUUGAUAACGGUCAAAGCCCAAGCAAGCUUCCACCAGCAAGUCUCUCCGCCGUGGAAGCUUUGCCAAAGAACGAAUCAAAUCAGCUUUUCUCACAUAGCUCACUUGGCAAUAUUCUCUCGAUGUUUCGGCCCAAAGGGAAAGCAAAUGCCACCACGGGAUACAAACAAACAAAGAUCUAUAAACGCAGUCAAACUCUUCCUCCUGGUGAUAUUGUUGAAGAAGUAUCAUCGUCUAGUUUCUGCCAUCGCGAGAGCCUUGCCCGUGGGAGCCCUUCCGAAGGAUACGGGUCUAAUACGCCCCCUAAAACCACUUUCUUUGAAUCUGCCAGUGAUCUUCUCAUGCCACCUCUCCCUCCUGUUGAAUUCAUCAUUGACCCCGAGUCAAGAGCUCGGACCAUUUUUCAUGAUCGGAUAUAUCAUCCAGAAGACAUUCCACCUCCUCUCCCUACCAAGCGCCGCACCUUGACGUUCGGUUCCUCGCAAAGCAGAUCCUCGGGACCACAAUUAACUUCAUUGCAGGACCCUCAAAUCGAGCCCAAUUAUGACGAGGCUGAACCCGAGCGCGGGCUCAAAGUCGAGGAGAAAAUUGCGAGAGCAUACCACCGUAACUUAUCCUGGAGGAAAGUACUUGUACGACUUGAGCCUGAUGCACAUAACAAUAUCAUUGUCAGGCGAAUGUUCACGAACGCCUAUGGGUGGCCAGUAGUGAAACAUCUUGUUGAUACACAUUUCGGGUGUAGCUCCAUGUCUGACGACAACGUCAAGCGCGGCAUGGAGAGGGCCGAUCCGUCUCCGGUAGCAAUCGGUGAACUGAGCGAGGACUUGCAAGAGCAGCCAGCUAUUCUCGAAACUAGGAACUCCACUCAACUUGAACACUCCGCAGGGUUGCUUGGUGACAACGCUCUCGAUGGUCGCGGUCAGCCCGAUGCUUUAGCUGAGCCUAAGCCUGAAUAUACAGCACACACAGAGAUCAUUCACGCAGAGAAUGAACAACAUAAAUAUUUCGAAAGCGCUCCCCCCACAUCCCACGAUUCAACCACGAGAGAUCCUUCUACAACUAUGUCGGAAAACCCGGGCCUCGAAGAUGAUUCCAACGACUAUGGUUAUAUCUCUAUCAGGAGUUGA